AUCCGAAUUGAGUUCAUCCCAUAACUUUGAAUCGGUUGCUGUAUAAUUUUUUGUUUUUUAAUUAAUGGUUUGCCUCAAAGUUACAACAACUCAACUAAAAAAAAAAGACAGCAAUGGAUUAUUUUGUCUCUUUCUGUUCUAAGGAUCUUUGUCCGCUUUUGAAAACUCUCUAAAAGCAAAUCUGUAAACGUACUUCACACCAAAAAAAACGAAUUUUCCCAAAACUUAAAAUAAAUUAAAGAAUCAAUCUUCUUCUUCUUCAUCGUUUAUCACGACCUCUGCCUCUUGAUCUCUCUCAAAGAUUUUGGAGUAAUCUUUGUUUGUGUGCUGGUUAAGGAAUAAUGAGUCGGAGGCAGCAAGUGAAGCGUAGAGUAGGUAAAUAUGAAGUUGGAAGAACAAUUGGGGAAGGAACUUUUGCUAAAGUUAAGUUUGCUAGAAACUCUGAAACUGGAGAACCUGUUGCUCUCAAGAUUCUUGAUAAAGAGAAAGUUCUCAAGCAUAAGAUGGCUGAACAGAUCAGAAGGGAGAUAGCUACUAUGAAGUUGAUUAAACAUCCUAAUGUUGUUCAGUUGUAUGAGGUGAUGGCAAGCAAGACGAAAAUAUUUAUCAUCUUGGAGUAUGUUACUGGAGGAGAACUCUUUAAUAAGAUUGUCAAAGACGGGCGGAUGAAAGAAGAUGAGGCGCGGAGAUAUUUCCAACAGCUUGUACAUGCUGUGGACUACUGUCAUAGCAGAGGUGUCUACCAUAGAGACCUUAAGCCUGAAAAUUUACUACUGGAUGCUUAUGGAAACCUCAAGAUCUCAGAUUUUGGAUUAAGUGCUUUGUCUCAACAAGUCAGGGAUGAUGGACUCCUUCAUACAUCGUGUGGAACUCCGAACUACGUUGCUCCUGAGGUUCUCAAUGAUAGAGGCUACGAUGGAGCAACCGCUGACAUGUGGUCAUGCGGUGUUAUACUCUAUGUUCUGCUUGCAGGUUACUUGCCUUUUGAUGAUUCUAAUCUAAUGAAUCUUUAUAAAAAAAUUUCAUCUGGUGAAUUCAACUGUCCUCCCUGGCUCUCACUUGGUGCCAUGAAACUGAUCACUCGAAUCUUGGAUCCGAACCCAAUGACUCGUGUAACACCACAAGAGGUAUUUGAAGAUGAAUGGUUCAAGAAAGAUUACAAGCCUCCAGUGUUCGAGGACAAGGAUGAUUCAAACAUGGACGAUAUUGAUGCUGUUUUCAAGGACUCCGAGGAACAUCAUGUUACUGAGAAGAAAGAAGAGCAACCAGCGGCAAUCAAUGCAUUUGAGAUCAUCUCAAUGUCAAGGGGGCUUAACCUAGAGAAUCUGUUUGAUCCAGAACAGGAGUUUAAGAGGGAAACAAGGAUAACACUGAGAGGAGGCGCGAAUGAGAUCAUCGAGAAGAUAGAAGAAGCUGCAAAGCCUCUCGGUUUUGAUGUGCAAAAGAAGAACUACAAGAUGAGGCUUGAGAAUGUCAAGGCUGGGAGAAAAGGAAAUCUCAAUGUGGCGACAGAGAUAUUCCAAGUAGCGCCAAGUCUUCAUAUGGUUCAAGUAUCGAAAUCGAAAGGAGACACCCUCGAAUUCCACAAGUUCUAUAAGAAGCUCUCUAGUUCUCUGGAGCAAGUAGUCUGGACGAACAACGAAGCUAAGAAAGAAACAAGAAAGUGAUGUAUGAUGUAUGAAUGUUUUAUCUUUUGGGACAAAAGCUUGCUUUCUUUGUUUAUGAGCUUUUUGCUUUUCCGGCUACUGUUUGGAUGAUGAGAAGGGGAGUGGGAUUAGUUUGUGUAAGAAAGAUGUAAAUACAAAACCGCAUGACCCGAUACGGUGCUGUGAUACCACUUAUAUAGUCAUAUGGAAGCUUGUUGGCUAAGGGUUUGAAGAGCACCCUUGUUCGAGUUGAUCAGUUGGUCAGCAUUGACUUCUUAUU